UAUCGCUGACAUCUAUUUUCUCUAAGUUAGGAAAAAAGAGUUAAAAAAAGCCAUAAAUAUUCGCAGUCCUUUUUUCUCAGCCAGUGAACAACACAACACACAAAAACCCGAACAGAAAAGAAAAGGGAAAUAAAGUAAAACGAAAAACAAAUCCACUCUGAAACUAGUCAGCAUCACACUCUUCGGUGUCGUUUCAUCCUUCUGCUACGCUCGCCGGAACCCUAAUUCGAUCCGCCGGAACUCGAAUCCACCGUAGAUGAGUUUACGAUUGGGGAAAAGGUGAGAUCAAAAGGAUUGGAUUUCCUCGCCGGAUGGAGGGAGGUAGCGUCUCUAGACUUAUUUGUACUGGGAUACACCCAUGGAUUAUGAUGACAAUGAUUUUCAAAGCCAGAAUCUCCAUUUAGCUGGUGAAGGGAGCACCAAAUUUCCUCCAGCAUUAAGGCCAUAUGCGCUCUCUAAGUUUGAUUUUGAUGAAAGCCUUCAAGGGAAUUUAAGAUUUGAUAGUUUGGUCGAAACUGAAGUUUUUCUUGGCAUUGAAAGUAACGAAGAUAACCAGUGGAUUGACGCAUUCUCCCGAGGGGGUAGUGGCAUAGAGUUUAGUUCAACUGCUGCUGAAUCUUGCCCCAUAUCAAGGCAUGGAAAUAUUUGGUCCGAGGCCACUUCCUCGGAAUCUGUUGAAAUGCUAUUGAAAUCUGUUGGACAGGAGGAGUUUAUUCCUAGACAAACUAUUAUUCAGGAAUCAGAUGCCUGUGAUGAACUGGCCUGCAUAACUAAGCAAAUGGACCCCCAUCCAAAACGUGACAAUAAAAAUGAAUUGAAAGACAAUGUUACAGAUUUACAGCCUCCUGGAGGUAGUCAUGGGAAUUUGCCUGGAUUGAAGGAGGAUGUAAGAAUGGAGCAGCCUCUGGAUGGAGUUUCCGAAAGUCAUGAAGUUGGACCAUCUAUCGGCGGAAGUUUGGGUAACCUGGAACCAAGUGAUAUUCACAGAAAUAUUGACUUACCUGUUUCCGAUGGGAAUCCAACUAUCUAUAAUGAUAACAGGAGUAAUACUACAAUUCUAACUGAAGUUGAGACUGCUGCUGACAUCUUGCACAGUGACAAAACCCAAGUUGAUUCAUCUGUAUCUGGGGUGCAAACUCAUGCUACUGAAGCAUCUAUUCAAAGUGUGGUUGAUGAGCAACAAGGUGCUUUACAAACACCAAUUAAUAAACAAGACUUGGAUGGAAUCACGGAUAUGGGUGAUGCUCAUCAUCCCGAGGUAUCUCUCUGUUCAAUUGCCACAACAGGCGCUUUGGAAGGUGGAAGUGUAAUUGAAGCCCUUGAGAAGGGGGUAAAUAUUGUAGAAGAUUCGUUACAGAAAGAGGAAAGAUGCACUGAAGAUGAUCUGUCUCGAAACCAUGCAAGAGAAGAUGUAGUUGUCCUGAAGGAUGAGUUGAUGCCUGAUCAAUCUGCACUAGCUACGCAGGAGUUGCCAAAGGUUUCAGAAGAGGAUUCUACUUCUAAGGGACCAGGAGGUGAGGCCACUAAUUCCACUUGUGAGAUUUCUCCUAAUCUCAAGCAUAAUGUGGAUGUUGUGGAGAAGACAGAUUUUGGUGAGUGCAGUGUCACUAAGGAAAAUAAGUUAUUGAACACUGGUGGCCACAUGGAUACAGAGAUGUUAUCAAGGAAGCCAGAGAAUUUUGUUUCUUCAGAGGGGGUAAAUGACAUUUCUAAAGUAAGUGAAGGAGUUUUGGGUGACCCAGCUCAAAUAUGUCAGAACAGUGAACCUGACAGCCAAACUAACCAUGAAAAAUUUGAUCAAGACACAUCUGUCAAUGACAAAGAGAGUAAGACCCCUUCUGAGUCUGGUCCAAAUCAUAGUGAUAUUGACCAAUCACAUCCUGUAGAUAAGAGAGGUGGUUUGUCAUUGCCAGGCGAAGGCAUUGUGCAAACUGCGUUGACAACAGUUGCUGUGCCAAUUAAUGUCACACCGGUCAACAAUUCAGCUUCACAGGUUAUUGUGGAAAAUGUUAGUUCAACAUCCUGUGAAAUAGUUCCACCUCCUUCUGAACAAGUUGUUUCCUCUCAUGAAGCUACUAGUCACAAUGAUUUUCAAAGCAUAACUGUUCUUGGGCCUGCUGUUGAUGAAAAGGAAGAGUCUGCGUCCAAAUUACCUGAAGAAGCUGGAACUUCUGCCCCUGUUGAAUCUUCUGAAAGGGAUACUGCUCCUUGUACUAUUUCUGGAGCUGAUAAACAUCAUUCAUCUGAUGCUUCUAGACAAGUGUCAUGUGAGACAGUAAUCGACUGUCUGCAUAACGUUGAAGGGACCAGUGGUACUGUAAACACUGCUGAACCUCAAGGGAAAGUAGAUGAUAAGGAUAUCCAUGGAUGCAAUAAUGAAGAUGGUGUGCCUCCAGUUCUUCAUGAAUCAACAGAUAAACUGGGAGAUGGUGUCAAAUUUCCUUUUAGUAAGGAUGACAAAGGGAAUGCACAGAACAUUGAUGCCAAGUCAUCUUCAGGUGAUGACAUUGUACCAGGAAACAAAACUUCCUUAUCUGCUGCUCCUUCACAUAACUCUUGUGUUGAGUUGCAAAGCUUUCCUGCUAAUAAUUCCCGCCCUCCCAUUAGUACAGUUGGAAGCCCUUCUAACACUGAUAAGGAUAAGAACCAAAUUAAGGUUUCUGCUAGUCAGAAUCCGCCAACUUCUCAGGAUCUGAAGGGAGAAAAUGCUUCCAAAGCUGAGAGCAGUUUGACUCCAAAAUUACAUCCUGCGAUUGAUUCGUCCAUAAAAAAUGUCAUGGAUGUGAACCAAGAAGAUAUUGGCAAGAGUCAACCAGUUCCAGUUCCUGUUAUUGCAGACAAGAAAACAUCUACUGCUGUGGAUGGUUCUCCUAAAACUUCUGGGCGACGACGUGCUUCAAAAUCCAAAAUUUCUGGAAAUAUAUCCCAUGAAAGCCCACAAAUACUGGAUGGAGUGGCAGCACACAGGGCUCCAAAAUCUACCCCUGAACGCAAACCUAGGCGGACAUCUAAUAAGAAACCUGGAAAGGAAUCUUCUACAAAAGGAAGUCGGGUGAAAGAUACAACUCUAGGUAGACAGUCGGAUAGAGGUGAUAAAUCAACCAAUGUCUCCUUGAGCCCAUCUCCUGGUUUCCAGCUGAUGCAAUCAAACGAGGUGCAGCAGUAUGGGCACAUUGAUCCCAAUAGCUCAAAGCCAUUUGCUCUUGUAAAUCCUUCAACAUCUAGCCUUCCAGAUUUGAACACUUCUGCUUCUCCACCUGUUCUGUUUCAACAACCUUUCACAGAUCUACAACAAGUACAAUUGCGUGCCCAAAUAUUUGUCUAUGGAGCUUUGAUUCAAGGCACAGCACCUGAUGAACCGUAUAUGAUAUCAGCUUUUGGGGGACCAGAUGGUGGAAGGAGCAUUUGGGAGAAGGCCUGGCGUGCCUGCAUGGAAAGACAACAUGGUCAAAAAUCUCAUCCUGUUAACCCGGAAACACCUUUACAAUCUAAAUCUGGUGCCAGAACUGCUGAUUCAGCUGUUAAGCAGAGUACUGCUCCAGGAAAAGGUAUCUCAUCUCCGCUUGGUCGAGGCAGCAGCAAGGCUACUCCAACAACUGUGAACCCCUUAGUACCUUUUUCAUCUCCCCUUUGGAAUCUGCCUACUCCUUCUUGUGAUUCCGUGCAACCUAAUGCCCUUGGAAGAGGUUCUGUUGUGGAUUAUUCACAGGCACUUCCUUCAUUGCAUCCUUACCAAACUCCACCUCUGAGAAAUUUUCUUGGACACAACACAUCUUGGAUAUCCCAGGCCUCCAUUCGUGGACCCUAUAUUCCUUCUGGCUCUCCUGCACCUGAUAACAGUGCCCAUGUUUCUGCAUCUCCUUUCUCAGAUACAAUUAAGUUAAGUUCAGCUAAAGGACCUUCUCUGCCUCCCACAUCUGUCAUAAAGAGUGGUACUCCUGGUCUUCCUGAAUCGAGUACUAGUAUUCCAAGUACUACAAUAGGUUCUGUUUCUGCACUUGAUGCAAACAAUGUGACAGUAUCACUUCCUCAACAGUCUUCAGAUCCAAAGCCAAGAAAAAGAAAAAAGAUUACGGUGUCAGAGGAUUUUGGUCAAAAAACUUUGCAAUCACCACCUCCUGUUGUUACUACUUAUGUAUCUACUUCUGUGGCCGUUGCAACCCCUGUUGUGACUCUGCCCGUAACUACCGGUGAAAAAUCAGUUGUCUCUGUACCUCCACUUGCUGAACGCCUCAAAAUUGACCAAAAUGUGGAGAAGCGGAUUCUGUCAGAUGAGUCUCUUAUGAAAGUUAAGGAGGCCAAACUACAUGCAGAGGAAGCUUCUGCCCUUUCUGCUGCUGCUGUGAAUCAUAGCCUAGAGAUAUGGACCCAGUUGGAUAAGCAUAAGAAUUCUGGGUUGAUGCCAGACAUUGAGGCUAAACUAGCUUCUGCAGCAGUUGCUGUUGCUGCUGCUGCAGCUGUUGCAAAGGCAGCGGCUGCAGCUGCUAAUGUUGCAUCAAAUGCUGCAGUUCAAGCAAAAUUGAUGGCGGAUGAAGCAUUGAUCUCAUGUGCCUCUGAUAGUUCCAGCCAAUUUAAUAAAAUAUCUCUUUCUGAGGCUGCAAGUAACUUUGGACAAGCUAGCCCUGCUUCCAUCUUGAAGGGUGCUAAUGGAACCAAUAGCCCUGGUUCUAUCAUUGUUGCUGCAAAGGAAGCUGCUAGAAGGAGAGUGGAAGCUGCUUCAGCUGCCUCAAAAAGAGCUGAAAAUAUGGAUGCCAUUGUGAAGGCUGCUGAGCUUGCAGCAGAAGCAGUAUCCCAAGCAGGAAAGAUUGUAACUAUGGGUGAUCCUUUGCCAUUAAGUGACUUAGUGGAUGCUGGUCCAGAGGGUUAUUGGAAAUCAGCUGGAGAGUCUUCUCAGCAUGUUGGAUUAUCAAAAGACAUGACCAGAGAUCUGGUCAGCAUUGACAAUGUUGUAGACAUUCCUGAAACUUUUAAUACUCAUAACAGAGACAUUUCAUUGGUUGGCAUUUCAUCUUCUAUCAAUGAAAAGAAUUCAAGAGGGCCAAGAGGCCGCAAGGUUACUGAGUUAACCAAGCCAGUUGAUGUGGUUCCUGAAUCUGAACCUCAAAUACAGAUUUCUAACACUGUUAGCGAUGGAAAUGAAACUGUGGAGGGCAAUAACUUCAAGGAAGGCUCUCUUAUAGAGGUUUUCAAAGAUGAGGAAGGAUAUAAAGCAGCAUGGUUCACAGCCAAUAUUUUGAGUUUGAAAGACGGUAAAGCUUAUGUCGGAUACACUUCGCUUGUAGCUGUUGAAGGUGCCGGGCCCUUGAAGGAAUGGGUUUCUCUCAAAGCUGAAGGCGACAAACCCCCCAGAAUACGAGCUGCUCGUCCUCUCACUAGUUUACAUUAUGAAGGUACUAGGAAGAGACGUAGGGCAGCUUUGGGAGAUUAUGCAUGGUCAGUUGGGGAUAAAGUAGAUGCUUGGGUACAAGAAAGCUGGUGGGAAGGAGUAAUCACGGAAAAGAACAAGAAAGAUGAAAAAACGUUCACCGUUCACUUUCCUGCUAGUGGAGAAACAACAGUUGUCAGAGCUUGGCAUCUACGUCCAUCCCUUAUCUGGAAAGAAGGAAAAUGGAUCGAGUCUUCUAAGGUGGUAGCAACUAUUAGUUCUACGCACGAGGGUGAUACGCCUAAUGAAAAAAGACCUAAACUCAGUAAUCCUCCAGAUGAUAAUGGACAAGACAAUAUGUCAAAGAGUAUUGAUGCUACGGAGUCAUCAAAUUCUGAUGGGUUGAGAUUACUUAAUUUGACAGAAAAUGAGAAAGUAUUUAACAUAGGUAACAGCAGCAAGAAUGAAAAUAAAUUGGAUACACACAGAACUGCAAGGACUGGUCUUCAGAAAGAAGGUUCUAAAGUGAUUUUUGGUGUUCCUAAACCUGGGAAGAAAAGGAAAUUUAUGGAAGUGAGCAAGCACUAUGUUGCACAAGAAAGUAAAAUUAGUGAUAAAAAUGAUUCGGUUAAACUUGCAAAUUUCUUGAUGCCACCUCAAAGUUCAGGACCCCGAGGGUGGAAAAAUAGUUCCAAAAAUGAUACUAGAGAGAGACUAGGAGCCGACUCCAAGCCCAAGACUUCUAGGUCAGGGAGACCACAUAGUGCAUUUGGCAGAGCAAUCCCACCAAAAGACAAUCCAUCAAGUGCUUCUUCUCUUAGCAGUGAUCUACCAGGUCAUACAGAAAGGAUCAAAGAUUCAACUCAUUUCAAGAAUGCAUCCCAGGGUGAAAAUCAGUUGGAAAAAGCACCCUACACUACGGAUGGAGCUACACAGGGUCCAAUAUUAUUUUCAUCACUGGCAACUUCAACAGAUGCUGUUCCUGCUAAAAAGACAUCCACAUCAAGAGCGAGUAAAGGAAAACUUGCACCUGCUGGUGGCAAGUUGGGCAAGGGUGAGACCGAAAAGCCUUCAAAUGACCCCAUUAAAUCAACUUCUGAUGCCAUUGAGCAGCCUCGUAGAUCCAAUCGCAGGAUCCAACCAACGUCAAGACUAUUAGAAGGAUUGCAGAGCUCUUUAAUCAUAUCAAAGAUUCCGUCGGUUUCACAUAAUCGUAAUGCCUCUAAAGGUAAUAACUAGGGUUGAAAGGGAAAAAACAUGCAAUGACGCGAAUCUCAGUUAAAAUGGCGACCCGUGAUAAGAUGAUGGACACACCCAGCAUAGAUGUGUAUAUUUAUAAUAGGAAUUUAGGAAUGAAUGAAAAUUAUUGCUUCCUUUGAAACUUUAGGCAGACUAGUCUAAUAGAUGGUCAUAUUGAUUUUUAGUCUUAUAUUUAAGUAUGACUUGAUCCCCCUCCAAGUUUUCUGGCACUGUAUAUGGAAUUUCUUCGUACUCGUCUGUAGAGGUUUUAUGAUGGAAUGAUAACGUGUUCUGCGCAGUAACCACUUCCUUUGCUGAU